GCAACUUUCAUUUUGACAGGAAGUGGAAAACUUACAGUAACACCGUUUAAAAAAAUGACUGGAGGUAGAGCAUUAUCAUGUGUUUUCUGUCGAAUUCUUCAUGUGAUAGAAAUAAAUCGCCGAAACUCUUAUGUGACAGGUUUAAGGGUACCUGCAGGGGCAGCAUGUAUAAACACUAAACGUACAAUAACUUCAUCACCAUGGUUACAAGAUAGUAACAAAGAUGCAGACAAGGGAUCAGAGUCGUCAAGUUCUUCAAGUUCAGAUGAUGAAAAUUCCAGUAAUAGCAGUAGUUCAGACUCGGAUUCCGAGGUUAAAACUGUUAAAUCUUCACAGAAAUCAGAUGAAAAAGGGUUAGAUAUGUUUUCAAUGCUGAGAGAAAUGAAGGCUAGUGAAGAGAGAUGGGGAUCUCAACAUAAUGUGGAAACAAAUCUUAAAAAGAUUGAACACAGUAUUGAUAAAGAACUGGUAACAGAAGCUAUAGAACUAUCCAAGAAGUUACCAGGGGAACCAGGAGAGUCAGAACAUGAUCUGAUUUCUCAACUGUUGGGCCAAUUUGAGACAACGGCCAAUCAGAAACAAGGGGCUGCACCAGCAACAAAACCACCUAUAGUAGAGGAUAUUCAAGAAUCACCCGAAAUACAGAAAGCUAUAAAAAUGCGUAAAGCAGAGGAAAAGAAAAUGCCACAAGAACCAGAUAUAAGUACUAUUUUGGGGAGUUUAAAUAUCAGUCCAAGCUUAGGUAAAGAUGAGGAAAAAGACGUUAAGAGACUGAGAUUCAGGCAGCCAUCUAAAUUAUUUCAAGGAAAACCAUUGGGUAUCUUUAAACCCAAGGAUAUGAAAUCAGCAAAACCUGAGAAAAGAAGUUUGUUUGAUGAAGUAGAGGAAGAGGAAAGAAAUGAAAUGAAUUUUUAUCCUCCGUCUAAUGCCUUCGAAGAGCAAAUACAAUGGACAAGGGAAGGGAAACUCUGGACAUUUCCUAUAGAUAAUGAAGCUGGUUGGGAGGAGGAAAUGAAUGUAGAAUUUUAUGAACAUGUAUUCCUAGAUGAUCAGUUGCUUGAUUUUCCUAAGAAAGGACCAAUACGUCACUUUAUGGAGCUAGUAACCAUCGCCCUUUCAAAGAACCCCUACUUGACCGUGACACAGAAACGUGAACAUAUAGAUUGGUAUAGGGAAUAUUUCAAGAGUAAAUAUGACAUUUUAGAACCUCGACUUGGCAAGGAUGGUGUCAUACAAUCACAGGCAUGAUGUUUGAAUAGCUGAAGUUUGUGUGAAGUGUUAAUAAAAUGUUUCAAUUAUA